AUGGCUCAAAACCAGGAGCGAGUCGUAACUCCGGAAAUGGAGACCUUUACGUCUGAUAUCCAAGAGAAACAGGCGAAAGGUGUCAAAUUUUACACCAAGGAAAACAUCCAACGAAUCGCCGAGCAGCUUGAUAAGUAUAAGACAGGAGAUCUCGCAGACGAUAAAUUCAAAGUGCCGAAUUUGAAGGGAGAAGAAGUUGAAAUCACCCUUGACCUAGACGAGCCGACUGUUUGGGUAGACUCACGAUGUGACCAUGGAGAUCGACGGGGAGGCCCAUAUCUAUACUACCGAUCUGCACAAGCCAUGGCCGAAUAUUUAGACAUGGAGCCUUUCAAUCUUCAACAAGCUUACCUUCCCAUCGUCCCUCUAUUGCCCCGUACUAAUGGCCAUGGCUGUUGCGGACGCAAGGGGAAGAAAAGAGCUGUGAUUAACCCCGACCCCACCCUAUCCGCCAUGGAAGUCAACCAAGAAUUCAACGUCGUGCGACAAAGAUGGGAAGGGAGCGAUUCAUUCGCUCGCCUCAAGACAGUAUUCAAAGCCAACAAACCUCUUCUCACCAACGUCACCAAAAUCGUCGCAUUCGCCUGCGGCCAGCUAGCGACGGGCCCCGGCAUAUGCUCCUUCUCAGCGAACCAGCACGCGCUAGCUCUCAGUCUCCAGACACUCAUCUCAAAAGCAAAAGCUACUAAAUUUGGCUUCAGCGGAGUUCUUCAAACUGUCCAGAAGUCGCUUAAGAGGAAGAAGGGAGGGCAUUGUACCCCUACCACAGUCCCAUGUUUUGCGCAGGACCCCGCGUAUAUGACGAUAGACAAGCAAAUACUUGAGGGGUUGGGGUUCACUAUUGUAGAUGACCCACGCGGGUUUCUUGAAGUCGAUGAUGAUUCGGUGGUUAUUUUUCUUACGCCCAAUACACCUAUUCAGCAAGUUGUUUUCGACCUCGCGCGUCCGGCUGCGGUUUUUCAAGAGUGGUUACGAGCUGAUGUGAAUGGACCGGAGGCAAAAUAUUGCCCAAAUCCCACGUCUGCGCGGGUUCAAAAGAUAUUGGAUAAUGAGUACACGAUAGUGUAUAGUUCGUGGAGACAUCAUCUCAGGGAUGGCGAGUUGUAUAUCAGGAAGAACCUCUUGAACAAGCGAGAAUGA